AAAUGUGAAAAGUUGCAUAAUUCUAAGCUAUAUAAAUUGGAUUAAUAUCGUUGUCUGAAGCAGAAUACUCGACUUCAGCGCCGGUGUGAACAUCUUAAUCAGGCAAUCCAACCCAAAGACCGACACCAUGAGAGUCUCCGCCGUGGCAAUCCUGGCUUUCCUGGCCGUCGCUGACGCACAGUUCAUCACCUGGUUCGGAGACUCCUGUCCCAGAGUCCCGACCAAGGAGAACUUCGACAUCGUCCCGUACAUGGGCCGCUGGUAUGAACUCUCCAAAUACCCCAACAGUUUCCAGAACGGAGAGUGCGGUACCGCCUUCUACCGCCUGGAGGCAGACGGCACUGUAACAGUCAACAACACACAAAUAAAGGCAGAUGGCAGUAGUGAUUCGGCCAUUGGUCAGGCCCGAGACGACCCAGACUCUGACGUCCCGGGGCGUCUGCAAGUCAGGUUCUCCUCAUUCCAACCUUGGGGUAGUUACUGGGUGGUGGAUACAGACUACACCAACUACAGCAUCGUGUACUCCUGUGACUACUUCCUCAUCAACCGGGUGGAGUUUCUGUGGAUCCUGGCUCGGGACCGCGCGCUUCCCGCCGGCACCAUGAGCAACAUCAUGCAGAAGUUAGAGAGUUACAACAUCGACACAACCAAGCUGGUCGAUACCGUGCAGGAUAUAGGAAUAUGCGAGAAGUAGUGAGAUCAUCGGUUACGUGUUAUUUAGUGGUAUUGUGAUACAGCAGAAUGAUUGUAUGACUUAAUAAAAACGUAUAUAUUUUAUGAUUGUUGAACUGUUUUCGUUUUUCAAAUAAAGCACACAUA